AUGGUCAAGGUGGCGGGAGGUGGAUUCUUGUCUACUUUGGGCCGUGCUAGAGGAGUCGAGAUCGAGAUUGCGGGGCAGUCAAUGCCAGCAGACUUAGUCAUCAGUCCGGUGGAGCUGUAUGACGUUAUUCUCGGGAUGGACUGGUUGUCACACUACAGAGUUCAUCUGGAUUGCUACAGAGGUAGAGUGGUCUUCGAGCGAGAUGCAGGGAGGUUGGUUUAUCAGGGAGUGAGACCGACUUCCGGGAGUAUUGUGAUAUCUGCUAUUCAGGCCGAGCAGUUGUUAGAGCGGGGCUGUGAGGCGUAUCUGGCGACGAUUUCUAUGUCUGAGUCAGGAGCUGGAGUUGUUAUGGGAGAUAUUGAGGUUGUCCAGGAUUUUGAGGAUGUCUUUCAGUCACUGAAGGGAUUACCACCAUCUCGGUCUGAUCCUUUCACGAUUGAGUUAGAGCCGGGGACAGCACCGAUAUCGAAGACGCCUUACAGGAUGGCGCCAGCUGAGUUGGCAGAGCUGAAGAAGCAGAUAGAGGACCUUUUGUCUAAGGGGUUCAUUCGACCGAGUGUUUCACCGUGGGGAGCACCGGUGUUGUUUGUGAAGAAGAAGGAUGGGAGUUUCAGACUUUGUAUCGAUUACAGAGGUCUUAACCGAGUCACUGUGAAGAACAGGUACCCACUCCCGAGGAUUGAUGAGUUGUUGGAUCAGUUGAGGGGUGCUACUUGGUUCUCCAAGAUUGACUUGGCAUCGGGGUAUCAUCAGAUCCCGAUAGAUGAGGCAGAUGUCAGGAAGACUGCUUUCAGGACGCGUUAUGGGCAUUUUGAGUUUGUGGUUAUGCCUUUCGGUUUGACUAACGCGCCGGCAGCCUUCAUGAGAUUGAUGAACGACGUGUUCAGGGAGUAUUUGGACGUGUUUGUCAUCAUUUUCAUUGAUGAUAUUCUGGUAUACUCGAGGAGUCAGGAGGAGCAUGCGACUCACUUGAGGUUGGUUCUGGAGAAGCUUCGGGAGCAGAAGCUUUUUGCUAAGUUGAGCAAGUGCAGUUUCUGGCAGCGAGAGAUGGGAUUUCUUGGCCACAUUGUUUCUGCAGAGGGAGUUUCUGUGGAUCCGGCUAAGAUUGAGGCUAUCAGAGAUUGGCCUAGACCUAGUAGUGCCACCGAGAUCAGGAGUUUUCUGGGUUUGGCAGGAUACUACAGGAGGUUCGUCAAGGGGUUUGCUACCAUGGCGCAGCCGAUGACGAAGUUGACCGGGAAGGAUGUCCCGUUUGUUUGGUCAGCUGAGUGUGAGGAGAGCUUUAGUCAGCUCAAGGAGAUGUUGACUACUACACCAGUGUUGGCGUUACCCGAGCCAGGGAAGCCUUACAUGGUGUAUACAGAUGCUUCAGGCAUUGGUCUUGGUUGUGUGCUGAUGCAGGAGGGCAGAGUGAUAGCAUAUGCUUCGAGACAGUGGCAGGGCAGUGAGCGUAACCGUCCUACACAUGACUUAGAGUUGGGAGCAGUGAUCUUCGCGUUGAAGAUUUGGAGGUCUUACUUGCUAGGUGAGACAGUACAGGUCUUCACGGAUCACAAGAGUUUGCAGCAUAUCUUCACUCAGCCGAUGAUGAACGCGAGACAGACGCGCUGGGUUGAGUUCUUGGCGGACUAUCAGGUGAGCAUUAACUACCAUCCGGGCAAGGCUAACCUAGUGGCGGACGCGUUGAGUAGACGGAGGUAUGAUUCCGCAGUUGAGCGAGAUGUGGAGUCUCUAGUUGGCGAGAUCAGUACCUUGCGUUUGUGUGCCAUUUCGCAAGAGCCUUGGCAUGGCUCCAUUUGA